CAAAAUAAGUAAAGUCCUAAAAUGCCCCUCCGUAAUUUCCUUUUGCUCCUUUUAAAACAUAACUUUGCACUUUGGAAGCCCCUAUAUUCCUUUUCAUUUCCAUCGGUUCAUCUUCAUCCCGCUCCCACUCACUUUCUCUCUCCAGCUUUUACUUCUGAGGAAUCUCUAGGCUUUGUUCGAGAAAUUUAAUUUAAUUGUGCGAUUGAAGAAGAAAAUGGGUCAGAUCCAGUACUCUGAGAAGUACUUUGAUGAUACUUACGAAUACAGGCAUGUUGUUCUUCCAGCUGAAGUUGCUAAACUUCUCCCCAAAAAUCGCCUUCUGUCUGAGAACGAAUGGCGAGCGAUAGGAGUUCAGCAGAGCCGUGGGUGGGUGCAUUAUGCCAUCCACCGUCCAGAGCCACACAUCAUGUUGUUCAGGAGGCCACUCAACUUCCAGCAGCAGCAGGAGAGUCAAGCUCAAAGCAUCAUGGCUAAGUGACAAGAUUAUGCUGUUGUAGACCAUUUCUAAAACUCUAGAAAUGAUCAUCCGUCAUCUUAUCAUCUAUCAUGUUUUUAAACAAAUUAAGUAUUGUGAGUAUGCUUUUAUAAACAAAUUGACCUUAAUGCUACUGACUCUUUUGGUA